UGGCGGUGCCUGGAACCAGGCUUAGGCGCUCUGCCGCCCAUACCCGAUACCUACGACAUGGUAGCGCCUGAAGCCGCCGCCUUCUUCUCCAGAUCUCCCGCCUCUGCCGCCGCCGUGCGCCGGCCAAACGCCGCCGGCUGGAAACGGCGCCGAGAGGGCGGGACGCAGCUCCGGCAAGCGGAGGCGGCGGCCGGGUCGGGCCGGGGCGACGCCGUCCCCGUCACCUUGCUGGCGGCAACCGGCGCGUUGGACCCCACUGCCCCCUGCCCCCGGUGCUGUGCAGCGGUAGGAGCCGAGCCGGUGGUGCCCCCUGCCUUGGGAAGGAUGGCAAGCAGUCCUGAGAGUCACACAUCCCUCUCUCUUCAGAAAGCCACACGCUCAGAAAGUUCUCAAGCAAAGAAGUCCCAACAUGCAGAGGAAGCAAACUUCUACAUGAACUGCCGAGCAGCUUAUCUAGCUGUUUUGAAAAGCAGCUUAGAAAACAUUAAAUCAAAAGAACAACUCAGUUUGGUACUUCAGCAGGCUGGAAGGAAUCCAUCUCAGAAGACACUUAAUAAAUAUUGGACUUCACAAACAACCACACUGAAUUUUGAUGAUUUUUGUACUAUUUUAAAACAAGAAAAAACAUCUACAAAAGCUGAACUGCUUGAAGCAUUUGGAAAACUAGACACAGAUAACACUGGAUAUAUCUUCCAUGAUGAGCUUUAUCAAAUCCUUACAAUGAGAGGUGAAAGAAUGAGUCGAGAUGAAGUGAGCAGCAUCCUUAAACAAGCUGACUUUAACUGCAGUGGCAAACUUGACUACAACAAGUUUUGUGACUUCUACAUGGCAGCCAGUGAGCAGUGCUGCAGGGCUGCACGAGAGAAACUGGAAGUUGACAGUCGACUGAAGCAGCAGCAGUUUGGAAGUCAAACUGAAACUUCUUCCUCUGCAGGAAUCACACUGCCAGUGUCAAAACCAUCACCAAGGAUCUCAAGGAAAACUGAUCACAAAGUGGCACCAACAAAAGGUGAUAGCAGAAGUCCUUCAAGACCCUCAUCAGCUCAAACUUGCAAAGCAGCUGUAUCAACCACCAUCACCAUGGGUGCCAGUAGCCACAGAAACACAAAGCUAAUUGAACCAGACACAAUGAAGGAAUGGCAACGGGCACAGUCCAAAGGAUGCUUCUACUUGGAAGAAGAUGGUGAAAUCAUUAGUCACAAGUACAGGCUGCACUUACCUCAGAGGUCUGCAGUGUGUAUCACCAUCAAGCCUUUGAACAUUCGUCAGGUAGAAGGAAAGCCUUGUCCUUGGUUGUCAGUGGACACUGCUCUCUAUAUUCUCAGGGAAAAUGAAACUCAAGAACAUCUCCAGCUUGUGAACUUUACUGAACAUCAAACCAAAGAGAUGUUUGGAUGGAAAGGGGAGCUUGGAUCAGGAGUUUACUGGCUGCUCCCGUUCACAACAGGCUGUAGGUUGAAGAAGGUAAAACAGCAGAUCACUGGAGAAGCAAAAUUGGUGUACAGAGGUGAAGAUGGAGACCUGGCUUUGACCAAAGAGUUCCGAGCUGCUUUGUUGGAUAUAUUUGAGACAAUUGAUUUGGAUGGAAAUGGUCUUCUGAGUUUGGAGGAAUAUAACUUCUUUGAGCUGAGAACUAGUGGUGAGAAAUGUGAUGAGGAAGCCUGGGCUGUCUGUAAGGAGAAUUUUGAUAUGAAGAAGAAUGAACUAACAAGACAAGGAUUUAUGGAUUUGAAUCUCAUGGAAGCCAAUGACCGUGAAGGGGAUCCUAGUGACCUUUGGGUCACUUUAUUGUCUCUGGGCUACAAUAAAGCAUUAGAAAUGACAGAGGAUAACACUGACAUUGCUGAAAGAGGAAAUUUGCCUUUUGUUUUGGAGAAAGCCAGUACUUUGUGGGGUUGCAGAAGAAGGAAUCUUGGGUUAUACCCCUUCAAAAACUCAUGCACCUUGCUGAUGGGAAGUGAUAAGGAGACAGUGAUGGCAUGCCCCUUUGUCAUUGAUGUCUAUGCAGAAAAAUGCAAACCCAGAAUUAAAGCCAUGUAUCUAGAAGCAGGGAGCUGGCAACUCAGCAGAGCUGUUUGCAAGUCUGUCCUUAAUAAAGGAGAGGCCAAAGUAAUGGAUGGCUGUGAAAACAUCAUCGUCUACACCUACAAAGCAGACAGGAGAAUCACUUCUGUCAUUGAAAAUAAGUCUGAAAACAAAGUGAUUAUUCAUGUCAACAAUGAACAGAGUAAGAACUGCCUGAGUAAUAGGGGGCUUAGUGUUUUUGCUGUGGAGGUGGCACCAAAAUCCAUGAUGGUUUCUCAGCACGUGAUGCCGCAGAGUGAGCAGGAAGAGUGGGUUUAUAACUGCGUGCAUUCCCUUGGUAGCUGAAACGAGGAGACUGAAGCCCACCACAUUUAGGCUGCAAUAGGAGUGAAAACCAUCUUCAAGGUACUAUUCAGACAUACUCACCCUAUUAUGUUUUUCUGGCCCCUCUAAAUGUCUGUUAAUGUGGAAAAAAAAUUAUGACCCUGGUUGCUGGGUGCUUGAAAAGUGUCUGAGUUUAAAAUAGACAUGAAAUGUAUGUGACCUCAUGUGGAAGGGCAGCAAGCAGUCCUGAAGGGCUAUAUUUACCUACCAGCAACUCCUGCACUCCGCUGUAAUCAUACCCUGGGUGAGUAAAUGUCAGUUGCAAAAUGAGAGCCCUGCUCGAGGCUGCCAGUGAUUUACACGCCUCAGCAAUUGCCACUCAGGCAGGUUUGCUGGUGAUCUUUCAGCUUUUCUUUCCUUUUUUCUUCUCUUAGCCAGUACAGCAGGCACCAUUUUCAUUUUCAGAAUUGUCUGGAAGGAGCAGAAGUUGUGUUAAGAGGCCCCAGAAACAGUUGGUAAUUUCUAGCAGGUGGCUGAGCUCUUUAAACGCUGCCUUAGGCGAGGUCUGUGUGGGUACAUCAGCAGUUCUAGCUACAUCUUUGAGGAGGUGCUGGGAAUCAUGAGGCACUCUGCCUGUACAGCACAACACUCCAAUAUUUGCCUUUCUUUUGUUUAUGAAAGCAGCCUUGCUAGAUGUGGCAGAAAUCCCUACAGAACUUCUCCUGCAUUUUAGGAAAGGAAUGGUUAGAGCUGAAGUUCUUAGCUGAAAAAUCAUUGUGUGUGAAUAGUCUUGGGUUUGCUGCAGGUAGGCUCUAGUGAACAUGACACAGCAAUACACAGUGGAACCUUUUUUUUUGCGAUCCUCUUACUGCUAGGAAGAGUUUCAUUAUCUAACUCUUUAGGUGGGAACAUAAGCUAGCUCUCUGGGGUAGGGUCUGCUUUUUGUGCCCCAAAGGAGUUAACAGAUCUGAUUUAUCUGCAGAAUCAGCCUCAGUUUGCUCUAAGACCAUGUACUACCAAGAUGGAAAAAGCCUUCUGUCUUCUCAAAGUGAACACAGAUGUCAGUCUCUCUUCUUGCAUGAGAGACAUGAGGGAGAAGUGUU